UCACGUGAUCACAUGUGACAAGAGUGGCUGCAAGAAAAGUGUAGUCGAAAAUUCAGAUCAUCCUCAGCUACAAUCGUUUCAAUUUGACGCUUAUAUAUUAAUUUCAAAAAUGGAACAAGGAAGUACAAUUAUUGAAUACGUUGAAUCAUCAGCUUAUACUUGUGGACUUUGUAAUGGAGAAUUUGAUAAAGCAUUAAUAAAUCAGCAUACUUGUUUGCAAGGCUACAGUCAACUUUGGAUUAAUCAAAAAAAUAAUUUUUUUUAUCCAUUAUUAGAUGAUAAUAUCACAGUUGUCACACGUACUAUUGAAGGAAAUGAAAAUAGAAUACCAUAUAAACAAUUAGAAAGUGAAACUGCUUUUAUUGUAAAGUCUCCAUCAAAUUUGAAAAAAAAAAGAUUUAGCAAUCUUUCACCGGGAGCAAAACGAGACUAUUUUGGAUUACAAAGUUCUAAAAAUUUUACACACGAAGAUGAGGAAGAUCUUAUCUUGGAGGUAAAAGAACGUGAAUCACUUUGGAAUAAUAGAUUACCAAUUGAAGAAAGAUCAAUACGUGUUAGAUCAUUACUUUGGCAAGAGGUAUCAGACGCACUUGGUGGACGAUUAACAGCAGACGGUGCUAAGGCAAAAUUUAAAAAUUUAUGGGACUCAUUUCGUAGAAUAGUUCAUGCUGAAAAUUCAUCUAAAAAUGGUUCAGCUAAAAAAGAUAGUAAACGAAAAUGGCAUCAUUAUGAAUCAAUGGAAUUUUUACGUGACUCAUGUUUAUUAGCUAAAAGAUCAACAUCAAAUACUGAAAAUUUAAAUGAUUCAAUGAGUAAUGACAAUAGCCAUGACAUGACAAAUUUACCACAAACAAAAAAUAAUAAAAAAUCAAAAAUUGAAAAUGUUAAAGUUGAAAAUUUAUUAUCAUCUAGUAAAACUGACGAUAUUGUUGGUUCACAAGAAACUGUUUAUGAAUCAGAGCUAGAUAUAUCAACAGGUCAAUCAACAUCACGUAAUACAAUUGCAUGGGAAAGAAUUGCUGAUGCAUUGUGUUCAUCACAAACAAAUAAUGAAACACUUCCAUUGAUUCCACAACGUGAUGAAAUUGAUUCAAUAUUACAUGUUAUAAAUUGCAGAGUAAGAAACAUACCAAGAAAAAAAGCUAUGUUAUUUUUAAAUAAAUUUUUUUUAGAGUCAUGUAAUCUUGAAAAUGAUGUAUAA